AUGCCCCAGUCAACUGCUCAUUUAAAAAGUCCACUUCUUCAUACAUUGUUAGAAAAUUUAACUCAAUCAUCAAUUUGCACUUCUACAGCAAUAUGGCAUGUUCCAAAUCCUGUAAAUUUCAUAUGUCAAUAUCACGAAAAUGCAUUCGAUACUAAAAACGACUUACUGACUACGAAUUCUGAUGCCACAACUAAUAAUUACGAAAAUAACUCUGAUAAUAAGUUUAAUAAGAAGUUACCAACCGAUCAAGAACAACAAAACCACUGGUCCAACGAAGAGAUCAAUUCAAACAUAUCUUCAUCAAAUCAAGAACCUAAUGAAGUCUACACAAUGACAUUUUUAGAGUUAAAUAAUGCAGCAAAUCGUAUAGCAAUGAAUUUAGCUAAUUAUUUAGAACGUAAAUGGUCAAGUAUUACUAAUAAAAUCAAUAGAACUCAAUUAAAUCAACACAGUUCAUCAAUAGAUCAACCAAUUGACCAUAGAAAUCAAUCGGAUACAUUAAUUGCAUUAUUUAUGCCUCCAGGGAUAGAUCGUAUUGUGGCUCAAAUUGCAUGUAUGAAAUUGCAUUUAGCAUAUAUGCCAUUGGAUCGUAAUGUUCCAGCUGGACGUAUUACACAAAUUCUGACUAAAUUAAAACCUAUUUUAAUAUUAAUUGCUAAAGAUUAUUAUGAUUCAAUGUAUGAUGAUGAAAUUGAAGAAAAGCAUCAUGAUAAAACAUCAUCAUCUUCCAUAGACCAUCAUAACUCAUCCUCCACAUCAUCAUUAUCAUCUAGGAAAUUUUCAUCGAAUGAUUUCAUCAUUGGUAAUUUAAAUGAAUUGAAAAUUACAUUUCAGUUAUUUGAUAUAAAAGUAUAUGAAUACAUUAAAUUAAUGAAAUUAUCAAAGUAUUACUCCAGAUCAGAUAUCUAUACUGCAUCCAUUCCAAGUAGAGUUUGUCUAUUUCCAUUUGAAUCCGAUCCAGUUGUCUUGGUACUAUUCACUUCAGGGAGCACAAACUCUGGUCCAAAACCUGUCAAACUUAGAACUACUCAAAUGUUCAAUCGCUUAGAGUGGCAGUGGGACUCAGCUUCAGAUAUGGACUUGCCGAACUUCGAAAAUACCACAUGUAACUCUAGCUUAUCAGUCAGACGGAUCGGUCUAGCUAAAACUGCUUGGGGUUUUGUUGAUGCAUUUACUGAGUUAUUCAGCUGCCUUUUAGCUGGAAUACCUGUAGUUAUUCCUGGUGGACCAGUCUGUCCAAGCGAAAAGUCAGUAACUGAUGUUCAGCAACUGAUGAACCUCACCAAACACUUUAAAAUUAGUCAUAUUACUACAGUUCCUGCUCAAAUGAAUCUGUGGUUGAAGCAGCUACGUUUGAAACCAAAGGAAAUUGUAACAAGUAAUUUGUCCAGUUUACGGACUGUGAUUGUUAGUGGCGACAUGGUUCAUCCUAAAAUGGCUUGUGAAUUUUUCCAGUUAUUCAAAAAUCCAGAAAUACGACUAAUAAAUCUAUACGGUACAACUGAGGUGGCUGGUGACAUAACUGGAUUAGUAUUUCGUAGUGAAUUAGAUGUGAAGAAGCAUACAAAAGUCGUACCAUAUGGCCUAGAAAGGGAAAAUAAUGAAACUGGAAAACCAGUAUUAUCAGUUGGUUCCGUCAUUCAAGGAACAGCUAUUUUCAUAGUUCAGAAUGAUGAUGAUGACAAUCAUCGUCACCAUGAAAUAGACGACGAAAAUCAGUUAGACAAAUGGUCUAAUCCAUCAUUAUCUAUAAUUGGAUCAGUCGACCGAAAACCUAACUGGGAUAAGUUUCCAUUUAAACUUUUGCCUAAAGGACAUAUUGGUCAUGUAUGCAUACUUGGACAACAAGUUUCCGACAGUGCAAGUAGUUGUCAACGAAUUGAGGCUUUGUCAGAAGAUUUAGAUUGUUUGCAAACGAAUAAAUACAAGUCAGAUAGGUCGUGUGAAAAUGAUAUGUCAAAGGAAAUCAGUGUUUUUAUGCCAGGAGAUUUAGGAUUUAUAGAUCCUCAAACCAAUCAUUUAUAUAUAUGUGGUCGAACUAAUGAACUAAUCAAAGUUAAUGGAAUCAGAUUUCAUGCAAGUGAUAUAGAUAACCUAUUUAUUGAGUUAAAGAAAAAGUGGAAUGCUAAAAAUAUGAUUAAUUGUACUAGAGAAGAAUUACUUGUGAAUAAAGUUUCAGAAACAAUUACACUAACCAUACAAACUGUACAUGGACGUGAUUUAAAACUAGUAUGCUUUUAUGUACUUCAUAUGAAUGAGAAUCGAAAUUCAAUGAAUAUAGAACCCAAAGAGAAUUAUGAUAAAUUAGAAGAUCUACCUAAACAUGAUGAUUUUAUCUCUGUAUUUAGUCAUUAUUUACCUCCAUACCUUUCUCCUACCUUCAUAAAUGUUGAUCAUAUUCCGUUGAUGCGAACAAGCGGAAAAGUUGAUAAGGAAUAUCUACGUCAAUACUAUUAUUCGAAACAUCAUUGGGAAAUUUCUGAAAUAACAAAAGUUCUACAAUCUGGUUGGAUAAAUGAUUCAACAAAUAAUAUUAGUGUAGCUGAUCAAUCAUUUGGUAAAAUCCUAAAAGAUUUUAAGCUAAUCAAAGGUCGAGAACGUGCAAGAAAAGUUCUAGCCGAAGUACUGGGAAUUCGUGGUCCAAAUGGUGAUGUCAUACCUGGUAGACCAAAAGAUGACGAAGAUUUUUAUUUACUUGGAGGUGAUUCCUUACUGACUGUACUAGCCACAGAACAGUUAAGACAACUAGGAUUUAGUGUAAAUCUUGAUGUAUUCACUAAAACAGGAAAGAUUGGAUCAAUACUAACAAAUCUUCAAAAUACCGAAUCAGAUUUUCUAAAAACUCAGGAGCUGUUUACCUCAGAUUUAUGGACAGUGAACGAGAUUCCAUUGAAUAAAGUUUUGAAAAAAUCGCAUACAUGUAAUUUGAUUCAUCGAAUCCCAUUGAUGGAAGAUGAAUGCUAUUUAUCACCUACAAUUUAUCCUCAGGGUAGUUAUGAGAUUUUUAUCGAACAGUGGAAUGAUGGAAACUUUAGUGCAACCGAAAGACAUGAAAUUAUUGAUGUUUUAGUCAAUGCAUUUAUUGAAAAAGAUCGACUAUCUCAUGCACUAAAAUUGGAUCGAACAGACAUAAUAGAAGCAAUUGAAGUAUUCCUGAAUGCUCAUAAAUCUAAUCCAGGGAUUGUAUUAACAGCCAGGUACUAUUAUGAGAACCCAUAUGAACAUACAUUUGUAAAAAAUAAAUUGGUUGGUGUCUUAAUCAGUCUUCCAGCUAAGCAUGUUCCUUCUCUUGAUCAAACACCGAAACUUGCAUUGGUUCAACGAUUUUUUGAUGAGUGUUGUAAUGACGACCAAUUUCAGGAUAUUUCGAUGGACAAUUUACUUGCUACUCAAAUGGUCGCCAUUACAUCUCAAUCUCCAUACAGUAAAUCAAAGUAUCUACAAUGUGUUCUAUCUAAUUGGAAGAAAAUAUCUCUAAAAUUAUUGGCCAGGUUAGAGAGAGAUCUCUUGAGAAUUGCUGCAAAACAGGGUUAUGUGGGUGUUAUAACCUUCAAUACAAACGAAGUGACAGAAGAAGUCUGUUCUCAAUUAGGCUAUAAACUAAUCAAGACAACAGCGUUGAAAUCAUUUAUGAAUAAAGAAAAUCUUUUCUUAUUACCCCAAUAUGAACGUGUAAGAUGUUCGUAUAUGAUCAAAGAAUUAAUUCUUCCUACUUAA